AUGACAAGAACAAGCGCGAGCAGUCGUGUUCAAUCGAGACGUGGAUCACUUAACAUUCCUGGUCCCAAUCCUAUUCAACUCCAGCAUGCUUCUGACAGAAUCAACAGCUGGCGUCAAGAUAUCGACGGAGUAAGACCCAGCAUGAACAAUACACCAGCUCGAAGCGAGCGAUCUAUGUCUCCUACCAAACCGGGACAGUCACCGAUCAACUCACCGAUCAACUCAGCGGCCAACCUGGCGCCAGAAUCUCGAAGGAAGCCCUUACCGACGAGUCCCAUCAGCCGCCCGACUCCUACAAGUCCUACCGGCAGUGGUCUAUCUAACCGCACCACAGUCAGAGCUUCACAAGACCGGGAGAGAAACGGCAUCACAAGCCCACCAACCCCAAGUUUCAGCCUUAUCAGUGCCUCUGACUCUGAGGGUGCUAACGACAAGGAGGGCAGUUUCUGGAAUUUGAGCAGAUGGAGAAGUUCACGUCAAAGCCUCCGCUGCUCGGCGGCGUUGAACACACCUGCAAGCCCCAACGGGUCGCCUACCCCCGGUCAUAAUCGCUCUGGAAGCCAGUUUCUCAGCGUUAGAGAGAGAUCAUCGCCAAGAAUGAGCCUGGGUGUUGACGAGCUGAAGCCACCUCGCCAAGAUGUUGCAAACCGUCGCAGAUCAGCAGGACCAAGGUUGACAUCGAGGCUUUCGGUGCAAGGUGAUGAGAAGAAUGGUUUCGAGGAUCAAAUCGAAACACAUGAGGAAAUUACACCAAAUAAAAAACGAGUGGAUUCUGGCGUCGGCCGCAUUAGCGAUGAGUCGGCGGAUUCAGUUGUUCAAUCUUACUGA